UUAUUCGCGAAACGAUAUCGAGCGGCUCUCGAUUCGGGCAAAUUCAAAACAAACGUUGCCAGUCAGCAGCGUCCGCGGUCGAGGAUCUAGCGCGCGCGCGCGCAAGCGAGCGAGCGCGGACACCGGUUCGGCGUCCAGUUCGCAGCCGAUUUUUGGUCAAGGGGUAAAAGGAACAAGAAAAUAGAACGUUUCGAGGAGCAAAUUCCUAGUUGGUGAUUAUCAAUAAAAACGCGAUGGGAACCAGGGCCGUCGCAGUGGGCGCGUCACCAGGUGCAGCGGGGGUAUCUGGCGAGGCUGGUUUAGCCGGUGUGCCGAGACUCCUGGAGGACCUGGCUCGACUUUCGGAGGACAAAGAUACAGCUGACAUCGCCUUUCUGCUAGGCCGGGACGAGACGCCGGUCUACGCUCACAGAAUUAUACUGCAGGCGAGGUGCAAGAAUUUCACCGCGGCCAAGAGGAUCGGGACGCCGGGAAAUCCCACGCCCGUACGUAUGCCGCACGCACAUCCGGAAACCUUCCGCCAGUUUAUUCAUUACAUUUACACGGGAAAGAUCAUGCUACAGGACAGUGGCAUCUUUGAGAUGCUGGGACUCGCCCAAGAAUUCGGAGUUGAGGAACUUUGGAGAAGUUGCGAGGAACACGUCUCUGCCACUCUCAGCCCUGGAAAUGCGUGUGCUCUUUUGACUGCAGCCCUAGAUGCUCAAGACCGAAUCCCCGGUGGUAAGGGUGCUUGUUCAUCCUUCAUCGAAAGAUGCUUUGCAUUCAUCGGUGAAAAUGCUGUGGACACAGUUAAAACAACAGCGUUCUGUAACCUUCCAAAGGAUGCUUUGGUCAAGCUGAUAUCUUCAGACUACUUGGGCCUGGAGGAAGAGGAUGUGUGGAGGGCGGUUCUGAAUUGGGCUAAAUAUCAGGCAGGGGUGACGCAGCCUACGCAACACUGGACAGAGGAGGAACGUGUGAGGGUUUGCCAACAUUUAUCGGGGGUGAUAAAUCAUGUACGGCUGCUGCUAAUCGACAGCCAGGUGUUCGCGGAGGAAGUAGAGCCGACUGGAGCAGUGCCAAUAGAGCUAUCCUUGGAGAGGUACGAAUUUUUCAAUCCCGAUCGAUCAAGCGGCUCAAAAUUCCUAAGGUAUAGGUAUGCAGCGUUGCCGAACAAAUACGCGGAGAUUUGUGCAGACAAACGGCUUCAGCCGAGAGUCAGCCCAUUUCUCUUCCCUGGAUCGCAAAUCCUCUCUCGUGAUAAGAUGGGCUUCCAGCGUCUACUGAACCAGUGGUAUGGAUCACCAAAACAGAGCUGGCGCUUAGUGUACCGAGCCUCUAGUCAUGGUUACUCGGCAACAUCGUUUCACCGGCACUGCGAUGGAGUUUGUCCAACAUACGUAAUUGCACUGGGAACUAGAGGAGAAAUUUGUGGUGGUUUCAGUGAUGCACCCUGGGGCAAAACAAAUGCUAAGGGACAUUACAUUUUCUCAGAGAAAGCUUUUCUGUUCACCUUGACAAACAAUCAAGAUGUACCUCCCACAAAGUAUGAUAUUGUGAAGAAACCAUUUGCCAUUUGCUAUCAUCCAGAUAUUGGACCAAUUUUUGGCGCAGGAGCUGAUCUCCUCAUUUCUAGUAAUUGCAAUGUGAAUAUGGAAAGUUAUAGUAAUCUUCCUCACAGUUAUGAUGGAGAACACGCUUCCAACACUGUCCUCAUGGGUGACUAUCAUUUUUCUGUGGUGGACUAUGAAGUAUUCACUCCCAAUCAUCCAGUUCCCAAAUCCACUCACUAAGAAAUAUAUAAAUAUCUUUCCUUUCAUAAGUUUGUACAUAUAUAACUGCAUGAGUACAACAUGAGAUGGAAAUGUAUUAUUAAGAAUGGAAAUACAAAAGUGCAAUUUAUUGUUCAGUUUAAAAUUGAACUAACAUUUCAAUGUGCACAAGGGAUAAUUAGCAAAAAUAUAAUUAUUAUACUUAUUAAAAUAAAUAUAGAAGAAAAACUA